CCGCGCAUUGUGAGUGGCGCUGCUGAAACGUGCUAAACUUAAUCAUUCUUUUAUAAAAACGCUUUAAAAAUGGAAUUAAUGCAUGGUGCUUCGAUGCUUUCCAGACCGGCCGAGGAGUUCGGGAACGACACGCUGGUGGAGGAAAUGUGGGCAGCGAAGGCACUCGAACAUGCCGAAGUGCAUUUCAAUCUGCUAACCAGCGUGCCGCCUGCGCAGUUGCGACUAACGCCCUACGAUGAUCAGAUAUAUGCCACCUUCCGUCAGGACUUUCCCGAUCUGCAGGUGGCUCGCCUCAGUGACGACAUUCUCAAAACGGCCAGCGAGAAGCUCAAGUGGCGCCAAUUUGCCGAGAAAUUCAAUAAAAUGGAAGACUAUUCGUACGGCACUUUAAUGCGCGCCGAUGCUAGCAAAGAAUUCUCACCGGACAACUCAAUUUUCGUUUUUCGUGUCCAAUUUUUGGCCAUUGAAAUUGCACGCAAUCGCGAAGGCUGCAACGAUCAGGUCCACAACAGCCACAGGCCGGCAAAGAAACUGGAGAGCAAAGCGGAAACGACGCAAUAAUAAUCUGAUAUCAAGUUUACUUAUCCAAUAGUUAAGUUAUUUAGUUAAUAAAGUGCAGCGAGUUUUUUUUUCAUUAAACGUACAGAAAUUUAA